AUGCCGUUGUAUGUCACGGCGGCCCACUCGUCGCGGGUGAAAAAACCGGCCAAGAGACCCGCUCCUUCUCACUCUUCCUCGGCGUCGUUCGCGAAUCUUCCACGCAUCAAGCCAUCUUUGCGCAAAACAAAGUCGCUCGCUGAUGCUAUCGACGAUGACCUGGACGAGGGAGAAGAGGAUAGACUGAUUCCUAGCGGCAAAGUCCUCUCCACUGUCUCCAUCGACGCAGCCAAAGAUGUCUUGACCGCCGUGCAAUAUGCUCGCGCCUCCAUGUUUGCGGCCCUUCCAGAACGAGCGGGAAUGAACAGUGUCCGUAUCGCUGCGGUCCUCAAUUUCCAGCGAAACAUGCCGGCCAUAGUGUCUUUGGCUCACGUACAUGCUCUCGUUGCCGCGUCGUCCAAGACUGAAAGAGAGAUUGCUGCCUUGCAAACCGCCGGUAAGCUUCGAAAGAUCAAAGUCACCGGUCGGGGAAACGAUAUCAGUGGCUUGAGCGAGGUUUUGAUCACCAUGCAGGAUCUCCAAGCCUUGCUGGAGCGAAGCGAUGUUGCACCAGCCGUCCGUACAGACUUCUGUCAUGUGCUUCGUCGUUAUCCGCGAGCCACGUCUAUCUCGCCUCAAGACCUACCUGCAUCUCAUGUCGCUACGCUGAGUCGGACUGGCUUUCUUGUAUCCUCAUCACUGGCAUUCUCUCGAAACCUUUCGUUGGCGGGCUCAUCUCUAGUCUCCAUGCCUAAAGUUUCGCGUGCUGCUUCAGGUUCUUCCGGGGCUGUUGGCGGAGAUGCAGCCUUUGAAAAUCUCGGCGGCGUCGGUGCUGCGAGGCGAUCCAAACCUUCUUUUCACCAUGCACAAGGCUCUCAAGAAGGGGAGCUGGCAUUAUCCGUACCAAAUAUUGGCCCUUAUCUGAGGCUGUUGCACUCUGGUAGGAUGCAUCUUCUCCAACUCUUGGGCAGAGCAAAAUACAAGGAAGCUCCGCUGUAUCUCCUACGUGAACGGUGGGACGGCGCGGUGGACUCCGAGAGCAGAGUCUCGACCGCCAAACAAAUUAGGGGAGAAUUCUCCGACGUGAUGCCGGCCAAGACCAAGAAGUGGAAGGACCUCUACGGCCUGAACUUUGACUGGAUUCUCGAGGAAUGUCUUGGUGCCGGCUUGAUCGAGUUGUUUGAGACUCGUAGCGUCGGCCUCGGCGUGCGUGGAUUGACUUGA